CCCCCGUACAAAGCGGUGGGAGGGGGGGGUGUUCAGACCGGCCUGAUAGUCGAGCAGGAAGAAGUCAUGCGCCCCUGUCCUCUGUUUUGAUUUCGCUGUUGAGUUUUGUUUGACUUUUCGAGGGAAAACCCGAACGCACUUUUGAGUCACAUGAAUAAGAACCGCUCGGCAGGCAGUCUAGUGUUCCCGGAAACCCGCCGUCGGACCCGCGGUCACAUCGCGUCGGCAUGUCGGUGCUGCGAUCGAGGACCGGGUUCUACAGGCAGGAGGUCAACGAACCGUGGGACGUUCCCGAGAGGUUCCGAGACCUGAAGCAGGUGGGGACCGGAGCCUACGGGACGGUGUGCUCGGCUCUGGACCGGCGCAGCGGACUGAAGGUGGCCAUCAAGAAGCCACGACCCUUCCAGUCCAAACUGUUCGCCAAGCGGGCCUACCGAGAACUACGGCUGCUGAAGCACAUGAAACAUGAGAACGUGAUCGGGCUGCUUGAUGUGUUCACCUCGGAGAUCAUCCUGGACCGCUUCCGGGACUUUUACCUGGUGAUGCCAUUCAUGGGCACUGACCUGGGGAAGCUGAUGAGGCUAGAGAAGCUCACAGAGGAGAGGGUCCAAUUCCUCGUCUACCAGAUGCUCAAGGGACUCAAGUACAUCCAUUCUGCCGGGAUCAUCCACAGAGACCUUAAACCUGGUAACCUGGCUGUGAACCCGGACUGUGAGCUGAAGAUCCUGGACUUUGGGCUGGCGAGGCAGGCCGACACGGAGAUGACGGGCUAUGUGGUGACGCGCUGGUACCGAGCACCGGAGGUCAUCCUCAACUGGAUGCACUACACACAGACGGUGGACAUCUGGUCUGUGGGCUGCAUCAUGGCAGAGAUGCUACUAGGAAAGCCUCUGUUCAAGGGAAAUGACCACCUGGACCAGCUGAAGGAGAUCAUGAAGGUCACCGGGACGCCAGCUGCCGACUUUGUGGUGAAACUCCAGAGCCAAGAUGCCAAGAACUACAUCAGAAGUUUACCAAAGAUUCCUAAGAGAGACAUGCACACCAUUUUCUCCAAAGCAAGCUCCCACGCGGUCGGGAUGCUGGAGCGCAUGCUGCUGCUGGACCCCGAGGCGCGGGUGAGCGCGGCCGAGGCCCUGGCCACGCCCUUCGUCAGCGAGUUCCGGGAGCCGGAGGAGGAGACGGAGGCGCUGCCCUACGACCACUCCAUGGACAACACCGACCUGCCCGUGGACCAGUGGAAACGUCACACGUUUACAGAGAUCCUGACCUUCAGUCCCCUGAGGGACUCCAAAGAGACGUCACUUUGACACACACACACACGCGCGCACACAUACACACAGACAGACACAGACACAGACACAGAGACGGACAGACACAGACACCGACACAAUGUACAAAGUCCCAUUACAACUACAUACACCACAAACACGCACACGCAACCACUGUAUACAUUUCCAGUAACGCUGCAUAUACACACUCACUAACUCACAAACACACACUGAAAAGGUGCCACUAAAUACACACACAAACGCAUCGCUCAAAGUCGCACACACGUAAUCCAGACACGCACAAGUUAAAUGUUAAUAGUUUCCCACAUGUACAUGUAUACAUAUUAAAUGAACAAUGUUGACUUGGUUACUUUUGCGGAUCUCAAUAAAUGUAGAAAAAGACAAAACCUGGUCAGCUGUCCGUAUUUUUUGUUAUAGAGAGAGAAAGAGAGUCGGAGAGAGAGAGAAAGAGAGAGGGAGGGAGUCAGAGUGAGAGAGGCAGACAGAGAAAGAGAGAGGGAGGGAGACAAAGACAGAGAGAGAGGCAAAGAGAGAGAGAAAGGCAGCCAUAUGUUCAGAAGGAGGGAUACUCCUUUUCUUUCCCUCCCGUUUCCCGUACACUCGUUUACUUUCUGAUAAGCCUAAAGAUUUGCUUCAGGGUUCGAGGGUGCGGUCAGACCCCGCUGUGCAAACAGAGAUCGCGGCUAAAAAUACAGUCCUCCAUUAACCGCCGAGAUAAACAGAACCACCCAGCGUUGUUCUGCGGUCACUUGAUCACCCUCCUCAUGACCACUGCUCCACAUUUAGAAAGCACAGACUUGACCUUUCCGAGGCCGCGAACCAUCCUAUGUACUAAACAUUAAACCAAAUAUAAACACUGUAUAAAAAGUUAGUUUUGAUAUCAGUUGUCAACCUCGUCUCGCCCCCUUUUGUCCGCUUUCACUGCUGUCCCUAUGAGUCAGUGUGUGCAGUCUAGAUCCUUACAGAACGUAAGGACUCCAGCCUAGAGGCUAAUGAGUGUUCGUGUAUUUCUGGACAGCCAUGCGGUGCAGCGCGCUCCUCUGGAGCUGAUAAGAGCAGUGUGUGGCUGGGUCUGGGAGCACUGGGCAGGUCCUCUGCUGUAGCCCUCGUCGAUUACCACAGGAAGACCCAGAUCUGGAGUCAAAACCAGUGCAGCGCCAUGGGUGGAACCACAGACUCAAACCCCACUGGGCAAGCCCGGACCGUGAGGUGGAUUCUGUUGCUGUGGUGCCUGACAGCUGUGAGACUAGCUACCGGAACAGAGGAUGGAAUGACCGAGACCAAUAAAGACAGUCUCGAUGUGCAGAUCCUAGGCCCAGGCUACGUGACAGUCGGCGUGCCUUCCAGCUUCGAGUGCGAAGCCAACUGCAACUCCAAGCCGUGCCAAUACUUGUCCAUGUCCAUGGACAAACAGGCAUCUGUUGGCCAUGGCAACGUACUUGCCUUCACGCUUUCCCAGUGGGUAGAGGCGCUGUCCCUGACUUGCACUGCCAAUGAUGAACAGACGGGGGCAACAAAGACUGUGACAAAGAAACUGCAGGCGUUAGCUGGACCGUCAAACGUCUCGAUCUCAGGGCCUGACUUGAUGACCCCCCUGGCUAGCCACGGCUACACUUGUCAUUCCUACUGCCGGCCUUCGUGCGAAUACACCUGGCGGGUUGACGACGGCCCCUGGGUGGCCGGCCAGGGGAACGUCAUCGGCGUCAUUCCCCAGCACCUCGACACGGCUAAAACCCUCAUGUGCAGAGCCACCAACACGGUGUCCGGCCUCUUUGCGGCCAAGAUCCAAGACAUCGCCGUAUCAUCCGGUCCCUCGGAUGUUCAUAUCCAGGGCCCGAGCUCCAUGCAGCUCGCCGUCCGGACCAGAUUCGUCUGCCUGGCUGACUGCAUGCCAGCGUGCCGCUACAUCUGGACGCUCGGCGAUCUCACGGUGAGAGGAAGCGCCAUUGAUGUCACGGUCGUUCAGCCACGGAAGACCGUUUCCCUGAAAUGCGAGGCGCAGAACACAGUGACCAGGAAGUCCGACACGGUGUUGCUAACCGUUUUUCUCGGAGAUCACUCGAUGGCCACUCGUGCUGAGGAGAGGUCAGCUCUGCUCCUAUGCGGCCUCAUCGUCUCGGCUGGGAUUCUCAUUUGAUCCACACGAGGGAGACAUUUUAUAGGAUGUAAAGACUAUUUUUUUUUAAGUACUUUUAAAGCUUUCUACUACAAGUGCACUCAUAAAGUAAUUAUAAAUAGGCUUUCUACCAAGUCAUUAAGAUGUCGUAUGUGAAACACAUUACAUUUAGUUAAAAUAGAAAAUUCAUGACAGCCUUUUUCAUUAAUUACUAGGCCAAUAGGAUGAUAUAAAUAGCCUGAUCAAAAUACUUAAAUUACUAAUGUUUCACUAUCUAUAUGUAUCAUGUUUUAAUAAAAACAAUAAUAUAGAGCUUGUUUAAAAAUAUAGAGGUGAUUAUAAAAUGAUAUACAAUUCUAUUUCAAACAUUAUGCAAUGAUGUUUUUAUUUUACCUAAGCUAAACUCGUGCUGAAAUAUAAUUUAUUUGUAUGUGAAUACGUUUUUUCCUCAUUAUUGCAGUCAUUGCUUGCUGCUCAUCAUGUUUCAAGUUAAAGCACUUAAUAACCAAUAAUAACCACAAACAAUACCUAACAAACAACACUUAAAACUCUUUGUUGAACACUUGUAUGAGCCUUGUGAUGAGUAUUGUUGAGGAACACACUUUCUUGGUGGGAUGCUAUAUAUGCUACAUAUAAAUUAUGUAUCCCCUCAGUUGCAGACAAUUUGGAUGAUUGUACUGUUGAAAUCAUUAAAUUGCAUUACGUGUA